AUGGAUGAGGACGGGCUGGUUGCAGCCCAGGGCUAUCAAUCUCGUCACCUGUGGACGGGGACUGUCAGCAUAGAGCAAGGCUCUUGCUGCAAUGUUUUUGUUUCCACAGCUCAGGACUUGCCCAUCCUCAUCCUCAUGCAGGUGUCGUGGCUGCGGGAGCUGCCAAGGAGGUUUGGUACCAAAUGCGCCGGCUGCUCGCAAGGCAUCUCCCCCAGCGACCUGGUCCGGAAAGCGCGGAACAAAGUGUUUCACCUCAACUGCUUCACCUGCAUGGUUUGCAACAAACAGCUCUCCACAGGCGAGGAACUCUACAUCAUAGACGAAAACAAAUUCGUUUGCAAAGAGGACUAUUUGAACUCGCCCAGUCUCAAGGAAGGCAGCCUCAACUCAGUGUCCUCAUGUACAGACAGGAGUUUGUCCCCGGAUCUCCAGGACCCCAUGCAAGACGACACCAAGGAGACGGACAACUCGACCUCCUCGGACAAAGAGACCACCAACAAUGAGAACGAAGAACAGAAUUCAGGCACUAAGCGAAGGGGGCCUCGCACCACCAUUAAAGCCAAGCAACUGGAGACCCUCAAAGCUGCCUUCGCAGCCACCCCCAAACCCACCAGGCACAUCCGGGAGCAGCUGGCCCAGGAGACCGGCCUCAACAUGAGAGUCAUCCAGGUCUGGUUCCAGAACCAUGCCUUCUUCCGCAGCCCGCGCCGCAUGCGCCCCUUGGGCGGCCGCCUCGACGACUCCGAGAUGCUCGGCUCGACGCCCUACACGUACUAUGGAGAUUAUCAAGGUGACUACUACGGGCCGGGAGGCAACUAUGACUUUUUCCCCCACGGGCCGCCUUCCCAAGCCCAGUCCCCAGCCGAUUCCAGCUACCUUCAGAACUCAGGACCCGGCUCCACGCCCCUGGGACCCUUGGAGCCCCCCCUAAGCGGACACCACUCCUCAGAAAACCAAAGGUACACGGAUAUGAUCUCGCACCCCGACACCCCCAGCCCGGAGCCGGGCAUGACGGGCUCGCUGCACCCCAUGCCGGGGGAGGUCUUCAGCGGGGGGCCCAGCCCGCCCUUCUCCAUGUCCAGCAAUAGCGGCUACAGUGGGGCCCUCUCGCACCCCAGCCAGGAGCUCGGCGAGGCCGCCGUGUGGUAG